GAAGAAAGAAUAAGGAAAAAGGCAUACAGGCCUAGGGCGUUGUGGAGAGUGCCUCAUUCAUUCGCAGAGGAAAAGCUCUUAAAGACACAAACGGACGACAGGGGUUAUAGAGGGGGAGGAAAAAAAGGGGGAGAAAAAGUAUUUCGACUUGACUCGAGCCAAGGAGCUGGACAGUCUCGGUGCACACAGACAGAGCAGCUCUGCGCAAACACCCACACCGUCCCGACACACGCAGAAAACAUUUCAUAGCAACAUUUUUUUAGACUGGCUGCAGAGAGAGCAGUUUUAUUUUUUAUUUAAUCUGUGUCGUCCGUUUAGGAGUUGAGCCCAGAAGCCCCUCGCUUUCUCCCACACGCACGCACGCAGGCAGAUUCACGUUUGCGCAUCCUUGACUCUUGUCUGAAGCGCCGCAGCCUGUUUUUCGAGGGGGAAACAUGGCCAAGUUAUUCCGCGCCGCUAUCGUGGGUGCACCGGGAUCAGGGAAAGGCACAAUAUCCAAGAGGAUUGCGCAAAGCUUUGGCCUGCAGUAUUUGUCCAGCGGCCACUAUCUGCGGCAGGACUUAGCGGCCAGCACAGAGACCGGGGUGCUGGCGAAGACCUACAUAGAUAGAGGCAUGCUGGUACCUGACCAUGUGAUGACCGGACUGAUGCUCUCCAAACUGGAGCAGCUGAGUGGCCACAGCUGGCUGCUGGAUGGUUUCCCCCGCACGCUGGCGCAGGCUCAGGCCCUGAACAGUCUCUACCAGCUGGACUUGGUCAUCAGCCUCAACAUCCCGUACGAGACCCUGAAGGACCGCCUGAGCGAUCGCUGGAUCCAUCCAGGAAGCGGCAGAGUUUACAACCUGGGCUUCAACCCGCCCCGAGUGCAGGGUAAGGACGACGUCACCAAGGAGCCACUGAUUCAGCUCGAUGACGACAAGCCUGAAGCUUUGACGGCCAGACUGAGGCACUACAAAGAAGUGGCGAAGCCCGUCAUAGAUUUGUACAAGUCGCAAGGAAUCCUGCACUCAUUUUCCGGCACUGACACCGACAGGAUUUGGCCGUACAUCAACUCGCUCCUCAGCGCCAAGAUGCACGUGCAGCCGCCGGACGCCUGCCACACCCAAACACCCUGACGUGGCUCCGACUGAAAAGACCACAGGGACGAGAGAGAGAGAGAUAAAGAAGUGGGGGUGGUUGGUGACACCAAUCAGCAUGUUAGUCGUUCACUUUGCACGUGAACCGCUAACUGCACACAUUUUCUAGAGCUUUACACUAAAGAUUGUAACUCUUUUUACAUUGUCAAAGAGGAACAUUGACAUCCUUGAAAGGCAAAAUUCAAGCCUUUCAA